UCAGUGAUAGUGGUUUGUUGAUUGGGAUUUUAAACUGAAAAUCAAGAUAUGCACUCAUGGUGGACUACUUUAACAAGAAGUCACGUGUUGCAUGAAGCAUGGCGCUUGGAUACCUAUUCUGGACUUAUUUGUGCCAUGGUUGCUGCUGCAGCUUUAUCUGUUAUAUUCGAGUUAUUAGGCGUCAUUAUGUUAAGGAUUUUGAACAUUUGUUGGCCCGGAGAAAAAACUCUCCAAAUUUCUAAGUGUAACCCAACCUCUCUAAAAAUUAGACUAAUAACGUCCAUCUUUCACAUUUGUGGAGUCAUUAUAGGCUACAUCCUGAUGCUCUGUGUCAUGACGAUGAAUGUUUGGAUACUUUUAUCAAUUUUACUGGGGACGUUCGCAGGCCAUCAUUUUAAGCAAUCAACUAGAAGAACACAAGCAGAGGUAAACCACCUUAAAGAAAGCGAUAAUCACAUUGGAAUACGAUCAAAUAAAGAAACAAGAGGUGAACAAUGUGAACUAUUUCUUGACGCGGAGGAAGAACGGACCGAAUCACAUUCAGAAACAGAGCCUCUCAAAAAGAAUGGUUUUGAAACUUGA